CUUACCUAAGUCAAAGUCCUAUGUCCUGUGAUGGAGAAGUUAGAAGCAAUCUACCAGCAGGUACACUGUACUUGAAAAAAACUUGUGAGAAAGUAGAUGCGGGAGGGUCAUAUCUUUUUUUGGCCCCUGAAAAAGUUGGGUCAUGAAAAACUAGGCAGUGAAGAAGAGGGAGGCUGACAAGUUUAUGCACACAUAAUCAUAACAGGCAUUUUUUUUAAUGUUACAAUGUGGCACAAAUGGCGAAACAAUAUAGAAAAGACACUAUAAAUUCAUCAUGCUGCACUUGUAAAAUGGUUACAUUUCUUGUUCUUUUUACAGGUUGCACAUGCGUUAAUUUGCUUGUAAAUAACUUGCUUCAGUAUCUAGCCCUUGAUAUCUUGUAUUGCUUGUAGGCUUGCUGCUGUUUGCAUAAUUAUUCAGUUUCACUAAAAUUAUAAUAGCAAUGAGCAUUCAUGGGCCUGAUAAAAUUUCCAUUUGAUAGAUCACCAUAGGAGAACUCCAGAAACAAAAAGUCAAAAUAAAAAUAGUAGUAAUUUAAAUAGUUGAAGAGUAAAUGUAUACACUGGAUAGUCUGUUUUUUUUUUUUGUAGACUUGAGCACUUGAGCAAUCAGAAGUAUGACAGUGAUGAGGUAAAUAUUAUGAAGGCAUUUUAUUGUAAUCAAAGAAAAUGCCUUACAUAUGUUACUGUGGGAGUUUUUACCCUUUUUUCUAAGGAAUUUUAUUCUAUUAUUUAUAUACCAUGGAAGUAAAAGAAGAAGGACAAAUGAAGUGUACAUAUAGUCUCUAAUACUCUCACGAAUCUUGUGGCUAUGUUUCUCUCUUGGUAAUUCCUAGUCAUAGGAGUUUUCACAUAUCUAAAAGAAAUAGGGAAAGGGGAAAAAAGUCAGAUGUUAUUGUUGCCUGAGCCCAACUCUUAAGAAAAUGCUGACUGAAGCAAAGAGUAUCCAUUGUCUUUUUCGGAAUAUCAGUGGUAGUCCACACUGUUCCCUUCAGUAAUUUGCUUAUUUGCUUGUUCUUGUGAUUUUUACUUUGGCGUAAGAUAAUACGAUAACUCGACAGCAGGAUUGGAAAAUUGUGCAUUUCUUUAGCUUUGGCCUGCCAAAAGGGGGCUCUUGUAUAAAUCGGGUGGUCCUUUCCUGGGAUAUUUUCUCUUUUCCAAAUGAUAACUGUCUGAGGAUAUGACGUCUUGACACGUUGUCAGAAGUGUCGAAGUUCAGUUUAUAAUGGUAUCCAUAAUGUAAUUAACCUGAUUUAGUGCUGUAGAAUUUAGGGAUUGAAUAAACCUUGUAUGGUUACUGGUAAAUAUUUUACUAGGAAGUUAUUUAAUGAAUAAUUAAUAUAAACAAUGAAGUUGAAACGAUAAACAAAUCGAACUAAUGUCAAAGGUUUGCACACUGUUCUUAAUCAAAAAGCAAAAAGUAUGGGAAAUGUCCCCACAAUCGAAACAGUCCCCACAGUGCUUGUGUGUGUUCAUAUUCUUGUCCCUGUAAGUAUUCAAUCACAAUAGAUGUUUAAUUUACUAUCUUUUUUUAACGUGUCAUUGUUGAAUUUAGUUGGUAUUCGAACUACAGUAUUUAAAAAUCAAAUUUUAGGGUGCGUUUCUUUAAGAAAAUCCAAGAUUGGGUUCUUAAAUCUGAAAGAAUCCGAAAAUGGAUUUUGCGUUUCUUUACUAAACAGAUCAAUCCAAGAUCUCUCGGAUCCUGGUGCGUCAAAGAAACCGAAUAAUCCACUCUGGGCAAGGACUAUUCCGUCCCUUUGAUACACCAUGAUCCGAGAGAUCUUGGAUUGAUCUGUUUAGGAAAGAAAUGCAAAAUCCGUUUUUGGUUUCUUUGGGAUUCAAGAAUCCAAUCUUGGAUUUUCUAAAAGAAACACACCCUUAGUUGCGUUAGUGUGAUCAUGUGAAAAACAACUCCUUGUAUAGGCUACUAUGCCUGGUUAAAUGCUAAUACAGUGACUCGUUUGUAGGAGGUUGCUGAUAGUGCAGCUGAAACAGACAAUGAAGAGUUCAGUUAUCCUGCAAGACUAGACUUUAUUCUGGAUUGCUGAACAGGGUAUCUCCCCAGGCUUCAUUAGGUAUGGACUAGAAAAAUUUCACAAGUGAUGAAUUAAGUUUGCUGAUUUAAACUUGUACUCAUUACAUUGUAAUCAGUUCGGAGGACUGAUUGAUCAGGUAAUACAUAUGAGAAAGUGAACGUAGGAUUCGUUUGGUUUUGAUUUAGGGCUACAUUUGAAAGAGGACGAGGAAGGUGAAGAUGAAGAUGGUGGAAUUCAGAAAACCUUUGGUAAGCUAAUAAUGACGUUUGUUGUUUUCAGUCGAGGUAGACUGUUCAAAGUCCUCUAUUUCCUUACAUGUCAAUCAAUCAGUCAACAACUUUAUUAACAUGUCUAAGGUAAAAUAGGCGAGGGUGAAUCCCUCAACUAAUUGGGGACACCUAAAAGGUUAGAUUAAGAAACUAUUUACAGCAUUAAUUUUAAACUUUAAAAUAAAAUAAGUGGUCUAACUAACGUAAUUAUCACUAGCUAUUCGUGGAAGUCUUAACAUUCAUAACACUUUCAAAAUAAUAGAAUUCGGUUAUUACAUACGGAGCAACAGUUUGGCAGCCGUCAGCCAGUAGCGACUGUUAAUGUUUAUGGCUGCGCAAACUGGGUGCGUAUGUCAAUGCGAAGCGCAACUGGGGUAGGUGCGGGUAGAUAACGCUUUGAGCUCGCACUUGUUUCGAUCACUGUUUCUCGUGCUUCUUCCAGUUUGUGUUGAGAAAAUAGAAAGGCUGUGAACAAUCUAUUUUUAAAGGUAUAAAAGGUAGAUGUGUAACUAUAUCAUUUUAGCAAACGCAUGUAGCACUCUACUCAUUUGCAUAUCUGUUUUAACGUAGCGAAGAUUCAUUAAACAUUUCUUCGUCUAGCAGUUAUAACAAAAGAUUCACACUUCUCCCGGCUUACAAUUUUACCCAUGCCAGAAGAAUCGUAACUAUUAGAAACUUACCAUUUGACUUAUAAAGAAACAUCAUUUUAAUACAUAGUACAUUUUGUUGUGUGUAUUCGCAGCUAAGAAGAGACAACGUGUCAAAGGAAAAAAGUUGUCUUCCAGUUCCUCUUCCUCUGACGAAGAUAAAAGUACAACGAAACUAUUAGUUACACUUAAUAGUUUAAAAAAAUCCGUUGUUAAGCAAAAUGUUGAACAUCUCAACUAACAGGUGUAUUACGAGAAAGAAUUAAUGCAAGCUUAUCCCUUUUGGUCAGGUCUAUGAAAGUAAUGCUGUAUUAAAAGUCUAUUUGUAAGUAUCAGUCACGACUGUUUAUAAUUUCAACAGUAACAAACAUCAGUUUUUAUGGGCUUACCUUUAUGUAGAGAACCAGAGUAGAAGUUCCUCUUCCCCUGAUGAAGAUGACAGUACAGUCAAGCAACCAGGUACGUGCAAGUUCAAUAGACUUGUGAUAUGAGUUGAAACACUCACCUUCACGUUGUUAAAAUUUUCCAGGCAGUAUUUCUACCGCUUCCUCUAAAAAAAGACACAUUACUAUUUUCAUUGUCGUUAUCGUUAUCGUUAUCCUUGUCGUUAUUGUUGUCGUUAUCAUUAUCAUUAUCAUUAUUAAUGCGCACUUAACGCGUAAGGUGAUGUCAUAACAAAAUUUUCUCGGCUUAAUGGUCUUAAAACCAAAGCUAUUUACACAUGGUGCUCUGCUGAUACACUUUACACGUAGAGCUGAACUAUAACAUCAUUUGUUACAAAACUGGUGCAGGCUUGUUCUUUGUUGGAAUGUACAUUUAUGUAAACGAAGAUUUUCUAAUUGUCUUUGCAGCUUACCUAAGUCAAAGUCCUGUGUCCUGUGAUGGAGAAGUUAGAAGCAAUCUACCAGCAGGUACACUGUACUUCAAAAAAACUUGUGAGAAAGUAGAUGCGGGAGGGUCAUAUCUUUUUUUGGCCCCUGAAAAAGUUGGGUCAUGAAAAACUAGGCAGUGAAGAAAAGGGAGGCUCACAAGUUUAUGCUCACAUAAUCAUAACAGGCAUUUUUUUUUAAUGUUACAAUGUGGCACAAAUGGCAAAACCAUAUAGAAAAGACAUUAUAAAUUCAUCAUGCUGCACUUGCAAAAUGGUUACGUUUCUUGUUCUUUUUACAGCUUGUACUUGUGUUAAUUUGCUUGUAAAUAACUUGCUUCAGUAUCUAGUCCUUGAUAUCUUGUAUUGCUUGUAGGCUUGCUGCUGUUUGCAUAAUUAUUCAGUUUCACUAAAAUUAUAAUAGCAAUGAGCAUUCAUGGGCCUGAUAAAAUUUCCAUUUGAUAGAUCACCAUAGGAGAACUCCAGAAACAAAAAGUCAAAAUAAAAAUAGUAGUAAUUUAAAUAGUUGAAGAGUAAAUGUAUACACUGUUUUUGUAGACUUGAGCACUUGAGCAAUCAGAAGUAUGACAGUGAUGAGGUAAAUAUUAUGAAGGCAUUUUAUUGUAAUCAAAGAAAAUGCCUUACAUAUGUUACUGUGGGAGUUUUUACCCUUUUUUCUAAGGAAUAUUAUUCUAUUAUUUAUAUACCAUGGAAGUAAAAGAAGAAGGACAAAUGAAGUGUACAUAUACUCUCUAAUACUCUCACGAAUCUUGUGGCUUUGUUUCUCUCUUGGUAAUUCCUAGUCACAGGAGUUUUCACAUAUCUAAAAGAAAUAGGGAAAGGGGAAAAAAGUCAGAUGUUAUUGUUGCCUGAGCCCAACUCUUAAGAAAAUGCUGACUGAAGCAAAGAGUAUCCAUUGUCUUUUUCAGAAUCUCAGUGGUAGUCCACACUGUUCCCUUCAGUAAUUUGCUUAUUUGCUUGUUCUUGUGAUUUUUACUUUGGCGUAAGAUAAUACGAUAACUCGACAGCAGGAUUGGAAAAUUGUGCAUUUCUUUUGUUUUGGCCUGCCAAAAGGGGGCUCUUGUAUAAAUCGGGUGGUCCUUUCCUGGGAUAUUUUCUUUUUUCCAAAUGACAACUGUCUGAGGAUAUGACAUCUUGACACGUUGUCAGAAGUGUCGAAGUUCAGUUUAUAAUGGUAUCCAUAAUGUAAUUGACCUGAUUUAGUGCUGUAGAAGUUAGGGAUUGAGUAAACCUUGUGUGGUUACUGGUAAAUAUUUUACUAGGAAGUUAUUUAAUGAAUAAUUGAUAUAAACAAUGAAGUUGAAACGAUAAACAAAUCGAACUAAUGUCAAAGGUUUGCACACUGUUCUUAAUCAAAAAGCAAAAAGUAUGGGAAAUGUCCCCACAAUCUAAACAGUCCCCACAGUGCUUGUGUGUGUUCAUAUUCUUGUCCCUGUAAGUAUUCAAUCACAAUAGAUGUUUAAUUUACUAUCUUUUUUUACCGUGUCAUUGUUGAAUUUAGUUGGUAUUCGAACUACAGUAUAUAAAAAUCAAAUUUGGGGGUGCGUUUCUUUAAGAAAAUCCAAGAUUGGGUUCUUAAAUCCGAAAGAAUCCGGAAACGGAUUUUGCGUUUCUUUACUAAACAGAUCAAUCCAAGAUCUCUCGGAUCCUGGUGCGUCAAAGACACCGAAUAAUCCACUCUGGGCAAGGAUUAUUCCGUCCCUUUGAUACACCAUGAUCCGAGAGAUCUUGGAUUGAUCUGUUUAGGAAAGAAAUGCAAAAUCCGUUUUUGGUUUCUUUGGGAUUCAAGAAUCCAAUCUUGGAUUUCCUGAAAGAAACACACCCUUAGUGGCGUUAGUGUGAUCAUGUCAAAAACAACUCCUCCUUUUCGAAAUGGUAGACUUUCCACAGAUAAAGAGAGUUAUUUUUGUUGUUGUAUUUAGACUAGACAUGGUGGAGAUUCGUGGGAAGCGGGGAAGAAAGGUUCCAGUCAUCUUGACCCCCGAGAUGAUCAACGCUAUUGAUGUUCUAAUCAAGACGAGGAAAGCAGUAGGCAUCGCAGAUGAGAAUCCGUACGUGUUUGCAAGACCAAAUAGACAGUCUUUGGAGCCUAUGCGUGCCUGGGAUUGUCUCAAGAAAUUAAGCACACAGUGUGAACCACCUUUGUCAAACCCUACAAAUAUCACCAGUACAAGGAUGAGGAAGAACAUAGGAACUAUUUCGCAAGUACUGUCUCUGAAAGAAACAGAAGUGGAUUGGCUCGCGAGACACCUUGGCCAUGACAUUCCAGUGCAUAGGGACUUUUACAGACUCCAUGAGUCUACAAUUGAAAUCGCUAAAGUUAGCAAACUGCUUCUAACGGUAGAUCAAGGGAAAACAGGCAAAUUUGCCGGAAAAACCUUGACAGAAAUCGAUCUGAAUGGUAAGUACAAGUGAUCUUUUCAUGCUAAUUUAAGGCAACUCAAAACAGUAAUAUACCGGAAGACGCCUGGGCUCUAACGUGCAUUUCAGCGCGAGGCAUCACGCGAUCACCCGAGAGGUGUCCUUCAUUCAUUCAGGUCGCGAGAUAGCGCGCGAGAUUUAAAGUUACAAACAUGGCGGCGCGAGGCCUACUUUGUAAAAAUUUGUUUCCGCCAGGUUUGGUAAGCUGUUUACGAUAUCAGUUAUUUUUGCCUUAAAAGGCAAUUUCCAAGGAAAAACAUUCUUUUAAACCACUGUGCUGGAACGUAAACGAAAAUUGUGAUGUUGAUGUUGCGAUCAAUCACGCCGGGUAUCAGUCUAAAAAACUGCAAGGAAAAACUACUCUUCAAGUUGUCUUCGUUCUUUUACUUUGCGAGUCUCACCUUCAGGUAUUUAUGGUGCUCGUCUUCUACCACUUUAGUUAUGCUGCUAAUGACAACAGCGAAAAAAAAAAGAAAGAAACAGUAUUCGUGUGGAAUUGCGAGCUUUACUGAUCAGCAGACCACCUUCACGCAUGCGCAAGGGGCGAUCUUUCGAAGUCGAGAUUUUAAUUUGUACGUAGAGUAUCUCAAAAACUGAUCCCGUGACCCUACUUUUUUAGCGGAAAAAUAUUCAACAGCAAAAGCGGAAUGCAUGAGCGAAAUUUCUGACUCGGAAAGGUUUUGUUAGAAAUCGCAGAACCAAGACUUUCUGACACUGAUGAUGAACUUAAUGAUACUGAUGGUGAGGAAGAUGACAAGACUGACGUUUUCGAUGAAGGAACGUCUUCAGGUGCGUAAAUUGUUUCCUGAAUUCACAGAAUAUUGGCAGUGCCGACUUAAUUAAGUUGGCUGACAAUAGUUUCCAGCUCUUUCUAUCACUUAUACUUUGAUGGAUCAAUACAACCACUCUUAGUCAUAUCAUCCUCCAAUAAUGGUAUCACACAAAUACCCAGCCAUUGGUUAACAAGUUGUGAUCAUCCUUUUUAUAUAACAGGCUACCAUAGAAACAAUAAAACCCGUUAGAAACGCGGUAAAUGUUACCAUUAGAGGAAACCUCCAUUUUUAUUAUCGAAUAUUUAUAAGUAAGAUAAGAGGAAACAUUAUUGUAAACUUAAAAUUCUGCGAGGGAGUGUCAAGGCCACCUUAAAUCAAGGUGUCUCUGUUAAUUGAUUGGUUUAUUAACAUUAUAACAGGACGCUCUACCAAGAAGCAAGUAGCGAAAAGUAUGUCCCAGAAAGAUUUUACUAAAGAAGUGGCUAGCAAAUCAUCACGAAAGUCAAACAGUAAGAUACGAAAUCAUUUGUUGAUAUUCUUAAAAACUGGAAAGCAUUUGAGACGUUCUCUUUCAUGGGAUCAUUGUUGCCAGCAGUGGCAACCAAUUUCUUUAGUACGUAUUUUGUUUGAGGUAAAUGCAAGUCCUAGUAAAUCAUAGAUUUUGUGAAGGCAAAUGAGGAAAUUGACUUUCUGAUCAUGUUUUAAAACAAGUUGAAGUGUGCUAUCAGUUUUCAUGUAUUGCUGAGUUCAAACACGGAGCACAGCGUCAAACGGACUACCUUGUAGUACAGAGAUUUAAUCGGGUAAUAAGAAUCAGUCUUGUAGUCUUGGAUUUUGGUCAAUAAAACGUUUUUUGGCACUUCUUGUUAUAGCUGUAUGGAUGUCUAUAUUCUUCGACAUUAAUUUUGACUCUUUUUGUAAUAGAGGCCAAAGGAAGAAGAGCGAAGAAGAUUGUAACUUCAGGUAAAGAGGAUGGGAAUUAUUUUAUUUAUACUAUUGAGCUGAGGUUUGCGAAAGACCAGAUCAAAGGUUACAUUUUAGUUGCCCGUAAUAAAAGAUGUCGAUAAGAAAAAAGUUAGCCUGAGAUAAACAAAUCGACCACUACUCUCGUAGCCUUCCUCUAUUCCUACUGACGAGUUCAUUUGAAAAAGACGAAAACUUCUUAUGUUUUGCUUUUUGACGAUUACGUAUUUUAAUUGCAUCUUUAUUGUCAGAUAAUUAGAAUAAGUUAUCGUCAGAAAAGCAAAACAUAAGAAGUUUUUGUUUUUGACAAAAUGAACUCGUCAGUAGAAAAAGAAAAAAAGGUACGAGGGUAGUGGUUCUCAAACUUAAUUAAUAUUUUCUCAAAGCAAACUUGAAAUAGCCGAUACGCAGGUGAACUCGAUGGGCUAUUUUUCUAUCCGCCCCAACCCGCUCACGCUUUGCAUUGACAACCGUCCAGUUUGCGCGGUCAUUGAAUAAAAAUAUGGGAAUACAGAGAUUGGUGAAUUGUCUUAUUUUCCUAGUUCUUGACAAAGUUUCGGCAACGAAGCUCAUGUUAAGCAGUGCGACUAAAGGUUGUCACUUAGCUGGCGAGUAGAGGAACGAUAGUCAGCUUUAGUUCUCCCAUAAAAUUAAAAUGUGUUCGAUAUAUUCAGCCUCUGGUGCGCAAAAAAAAAAAUUUCUCCAUAGACUCCGAUCCUUAUUCCUUUUAUUGUCUUGUUUUAGGUGUCAAAAUACGACAUUCUUUGCAAUCUGUCGAGACAAGGGGCAAGUUUCCAAGCUGCUGGUGGUUAGCGACUCUAGUGUUCGAUGCGUAGUCAUAUUGUUUCUUAUUGCUUUCUUUUAGAUAUUGCGUAUCUGGAAUUUUCAGACACGGAUGGGGAGCUUGAUGAUUGUGAUGAGGACAACCGUGUUGUCGAAGGUGAUGAGAAAAAUAUCCUCGUGAUAGAACAAAACUAUGUAAAAUUUAACUACAUGGUGUCGCAAUUCCUUUUCUUGCCCCUUUUCUCGAAAGAAAAUCCGUUUUUUUUUAUGGGUUUCAGAAUCCCAGUGAAUAUGAGAUAAUAAGAGAGGAUUUCCUUCCGUCAACUCUGCAAGAGAAAAUGCUUCCCUAGAAAAUCAGGUGUAUAAAUUCAACUCUGUGUAUACUUCAUGGAUUGAAAACUUAAUGCACUAUCACUCUUGAGUAUGCAUUAAAGAUUGGGAGGUUGUAGAAGUCUCCCUUCCCCCACCUCUGUGUAUGUGUUUGGGAAGGCCCCGCCCGAAGUUGGUCUGAGCGACACACAUUGUAGGUUAAGCAGGGACGGACGUUCGUAAUCAUAAAGUGGGGAUAAGAGUGAGUUGGUUCACUAUUCCCCCCGGAGUACACUUCUAUCUUUGUGAAGUGCUUUUCAAAAUCUCGAUUUUUUUAAUUUUUAUAUUUCCUAUCAACAUAGAACACAAGACGAUAAGGGGUGAUCGCUCUCAGAAACAUAAAGAUCAAGAUAAGGAGAAUUCAAACUGUGCUAUUUCAAAGACAAAGAGUAAGUUGGUCAAAUUUCCUUUCGUUAUAAAAACGGCACAUAGGAUAUUUUGUCAUGUGGAAAUGAGUCGAUUUUAGUAAAAAAAAUGUAGUCGCCUGUUGUAAAGUAAGUCAAAAGCGCUGUGAAUAUCUACCUCUGUAUUGUAUUUGUCCCCCUUCCCUGUGUCUAGAUUCUCUGACUUAUUGUAUAUUUACUUAUAGUUGUCAAAGAACCUACAAAGACGGCAAAAAUUGGUGGGAAAGAUCCAGCUAAGAAGAAUGCCAAAAAAGCUGUGCUCAAGUCAGGGAGUAAGUUUGGAAUAUUUUUUCACUGUCUAUAUCUCAAAUAUAUGCAGAAGUCUGACCAAACAAGGUAGCAUUUUUCUCUGAUCUGACAAGCUAAAGCAGUUUUUAACCUAUCACGCCAGAGACUCUGGCGUUCACAGUAUUGUCAAUACAUCAAAAGUGAUGCGUGUGUGUUACCUUUGUUGAUUCGACUUUCGCGUUGAUUUAUAAUUUGCGAGCUGUAAAUCUAUUACACUCUCAAUAAAUCCGGUUGCGAACUUUUUCGGAAGGAGUUUUUCAUGUGGCGUUGUUUUAGUAACGGUUUUGAGAGGCGCUCUUCCCGUAUACUGUAGGAAUUUUAGGCAUUACAUAUCCUUGGGAACCUUUAUUGUCUUCCAGCAAAGAAACGGUGCUUUUAUCACUAAGGUAAGCGUUUUCGAUUUGCAGACACGAGGAGCCGCAAGAAGCAAAAUUUCUGUCCCAUAAGUUAAUUGGAUAAAGUAAUCAAAGUUGACAGGUCGUUCCGAUGAUCAAAAAGACCGCUUGGUUAACCACCUACACCUUCAGUGCGAAGACUGUCACAAGAAAAUUAACACCCAGCAGGAUAAUUGCUUAGCAUAACAGUGGUAUGUUGUGCGCGUCUGGUUUCAAACUACGUGAUCGUGACAUGUUGUUUUCAUUCAGUGACAGUGCGCGUUAAUAUGCCAACCUUACACGUUUAUACCAGACUCGAACAUUUUAAAUAAAAGCAAAGAGGCCGCUGACUAGAAACUAAACUGGUUACAAAAAUCGUCCCCAGAGAAUUCCGGUUCAUUCGUGUUAUUUUGAAAUUCUCUGAAAUUCUAGUCAAAUGGAUAGCGCCACUGAUGAGGCCUGCAUGAAUUUACUCCACGGACGAAUGAAUAAAACAACAUCGAGAUAAAAACAUUUCAUUUUGCUUUUGUGGAGUACAUUCAUCUUAAAAUCAAACUGGUAAAUCGCUUUCUUCCCGGACUUGUAAAGAUAAGCGUUUCUCGCGGAGUAUGCGGUUCAGGAAGUCAGGACAAAGUCCACCAGGCACCAGUCAGUCCAUCAGCAAAGAAAAAUGACUCUCCCGUGGCUACUCGGGUAAUAAUUUUAUUCUAGUAGUUAAUAAAUACGAUAUACUGGAACCUUUGAGAAUCUCUUGGCCUGUGUUCACGUCCCCGGACCAAAAGUGUCGGAGGUAAUUUCCUCCGACCAAAAUUGGCUUUCCGCGAUCACUCACAGUUUCCCACGGAGCAUGAAGGUCCUUUUCCCUUCCUCCCUCAUUGUCCUCGGCCCAACGUCGAAGGGGUACGGGUGCUGGGUCUCUGACGGAAACACUCUAACCACACAAUGGUACACUAAGCGGAACUAUUAAAGAUCCUCAAAUGUUGCACUGAAUGUUUAUUUUAUUUUUUAUAUUUGUUUUUCUUUUUGUUUUUUUUUUGAAGCAGAAAGAUAUAAAUAAAACAAGCAUCGAAUGAGUUUAGAAAAAAAAUCUUUAUAUAAUAUUCCUAUUAAUAAAGAACUAAAAAACUCGACUGCAAGCAGUUAAUAUAGUUAAUCUGUAGACCGAUAUUAACCAAAACUCAACUAAGCGCGCUAGUUUUAAAAUUUACGCGGCAUCAAUGCAGUCGCGAUCAAAAUGCUUCUUCAAGUAUACAGUACGUGUCUUGAUCCUCAAAAGGGCUGGUACGUCCUGAAUUCUGAUAUCUGCGGUUCAGAAGUUCGCAAAUUCAGCACAAUGUUUUCUUCCGACGAUUUCCGGACGAAAUACACAAAGUGCCAUUCCGCGAACUCCGCGACGAGAGUGGAAAUGCUCUUGACCCGAACUUGUUUGGAGUCAAGUAUCAAAAAUGUAGCGUUGUUGUGGCUUCCACUUUAGGCCUUUGCGGCGCACUUCUUCGCCAACGUGAGUUAAACGACCAGAGCUACUUAUCAAGCGACUCGUUUAAAAGAAUUGCUGCUACCAUCAACAAUCACUGUGCCAUCACUGGCCUCCCAAGAAAUGGCACGAGUUCCACUGUUACAGCCCUUCAAAAGGAACUUGAGGAAGCAAAGGGGAAGAUCAGGGAUCUCCAAAGUAUUAUUGCCGACAAGAGUCCUGCAUUCAACCUUUCUACGGACGAAAAAUCGGCUGCGCCACCAAAACAAAAGAAAACAAGGCUUAGCAAAAAAAGCGCGGGAAAAGUUCUUCGUUCGAUGGAAGAUGUCUGUAGUAGGCACAAAGCUUCCGUGGCAUCCGUUCUUGGUCACCUGUGCACCCACGAUCCCCAACAACAGCCAAGUGAAGCUCGUGACAUAAUUUCUGAGAUUGUUACCUCUGUAACCGUGAAGAAAGGAGUGAAGAGAGGGCUCCAAACGCUUGUCCCUGAUGUUUUGCAGCAAUACAUGCAACAAUUCCGUGUCCCUGACUGGGUGCUUCUUUAUUUCAAACUUGAAGCCAAAGUUCCGGAUGAAGGAUGGCAGACAAUGAUAAAUCUGACGAAACUGGGAAGAACAGGGGUAAGCUAGAGUGAAUUGAUUAUUUUGCUACCAAAUCUAUUCUUUGUAAUUUAUAAGGGGGAUGGGGUGGGGGCUGGAUCAGAUAUAAAAUGUUUGGAAUAGACUUAAUGACUCUGUGUUAUAACCAUUCCCAAAGGAUUCCAGUGAUAAGGUAUUAUUACCGGCAUUUUAAUAAGGGUGGGAUGGAUUUCGCUGAAUAUACUGAAGAUUAGUUAUACCUUAUUCUAUUUUUAGUUAUGAGGUAAUUAUAGUUACAUGUAUAUCUGAGUAAUUUUGCUAAAAGGUGGGCCCGCUUGGCUUUCCCUCAAGCCAGGGAGCAUGGCACCUUUCUAGGCGUCAGCAGGGAGCCCAGGUCCAGACUGUGGCUGGGUGGCUUUCUUGUUUUGUGUCAAAACCAGGGGGGUAGGGAGGGGAGAUUUUGUCACUUUGAUUAUAGUUUCAAGUCAGAAAGCAGUGCAGCCAAAUUAAUGCUGUGACUUAUAAUCAUAACACUACUAACAGAGCUUGGGGGAAGUUAUUGACUAGUCAUAAGCUUCAUGGGUGGGAAGGGUGAUUAGUUGCUCCUUGGACUUGGCUGUCUAGGGACUCAGUACAGGCACCUUGUAAGAAAUUCACACAGAUAUAUAUUUUUAGUUUAAGUUAAUCAUUAUAAUGAUUAUAAUGUUAUUGUUACUUCAAGUCUUUUCGCACAUGUGUACAUACUUACAUCAUUGAUCAUUGCAUACAUAAAUAUAUGUACUUUAUUGAAUAAAGUGUUCCUCCCCCCCCCUCCCCCAUCUAACUGCUCCCCAACAGCGUUUUUUAAAGGAUGAUUCUAAAACAACAAAAACUUCUUGGGUGAGACAAUAAACAAAUUGUAUGUUUUAUUGACAGAAAGGUAAUGAUGGUAACAUUUUGCUCAACAAGAAUCAAAUCAAGGCAGUUCGCAGAAUGAUAUUCACCAUAGUGAAGAAAACCCUCGGUCUUUGCGAAACCCCUAAACCUUUAAAAGGAAGACAGGUUGACCUGAAGAACGUUCUGGCAUGGAUGAUUCGAGAGCAGCGGCUGCAUGGUUUAGACAAUGAUGAGGUGGAUACCAAUCUCAAGCUUGAUGGCAGACCAUUUUGGGGUAAUUAUCAGUAGCCUAAAUUUUCAACACCUCUGUUAAUUUGAUUUCAUUGGAGUAAGGUGGGUCCUUCCUUCACUAUUUUUUGUUUUGGUUUUAUUUUUGGGUAUGUGCAUUUGUAUAAUAUUUGACAAAUUGUAUAAUUAAAUUACCUGAUUAAGGGAACUUCAACAUUAACUUUGUUUCAGGAAAAUCUCAAGUAUUGGCUGGUCUUACGCCAAUUGACACCCCUUUCACAUCAAGCCAAAGCUGCAAAGCAGUCUAUCCUCUCGCAAUAGCCAACUGUACAGAAACAAGGUCUGUAUCUAUAAAAUAUAGCAUUUACAAAGGAAAAAUAUGGCAGUUAAAAAAUAGGUCAUAAUUAAAUUGAUGAUACAUUACCCUGCAGUUUUCUUACAGGAAUAAUAAUAAUAAUAAUAACAAUAACAACAAUAACAAUAAUGCAGAGAUAAAAAUUAUUCCUGCCAUUGCUGUGCUCCUUUUUAUUAGUCAUGGGUAGUUUCAGUAUCUUUAUAGAAUUAAUUUGUGCAAAAGUCUUAUUUUCUUUUACUUAUUUAUUAAGAAAUUCAAUUAAUAAUAUUGUUGUCAGUUACAAUAUUAUGUAUAUCAAUCAGUCUGAGAAGCCCAGAUUCCAUUAUGCACUCAGUGAUAAUAUUAAUAAAUUUUUGUCUUCCUUUUUAUUUUCCCUGACUAAAUAAUAACCCUGACUAUGAAUCAUUUUUAAUAUUAAUUUUAAAAAUCAUUGUUAACAUUUUUAAAAUAAUUAAGAAUGAAUCAAAGUUGGGGGAUUUUUUGUGAUGAACGUCACAAAAAAAAAAAAAAAACAUUGAAAGCAUAGUUGGAUCCAAGUGUUCAGUACCUCUAAACUAUCAUGAUUAUAUAUAACAGUUAAGGAGUUCUGGGAGGAAUAAUUUGUCACCAUUUCCUCAGGAGAAACCUGGAAUUGCUACUGAGAGACCUCACUGCACAAAAAAAGCACAUUGAAAAACAUGGCCUAACAGUUGAUGGCAAGCACUACAAAAUUAAAUUUACGGGUGUGUAUCCUCUUAUUCUAUUUCACCACUAUCUCUGUCACCAGAUUUCCUCAAGAGAGUUGUAAUGGAAUAUUCCUGUUAAUAUCAACAUCCAUAUGUGGUACAAUAGAAACCACACUCUACGGGUUUUCACUAGCUACCAAAAUUAAGGACUCAUGGAGCAACAGUUCUAAUUAUUACUUCAUUUUCAUUUAAUUACCUUUCUAGAAAAUAAAUACUUUAUGAUUGUAAUUCAUGGGUCCUGCUUAAAAUAUGUGUAUUUAAAUAAUAUGGCUUUUAGUACUUAUGUUCAACCUGUUUUACCCUUUUACUACUGUAAAGAUUGUUUUCAUCACAGUUAGUCAACAAAGCUUCAACUGCAUGACUGAUGAUAUUUAAGACUUUUCAUCAUGAUGCUCUUAAGACAGUGUAACUCAUGCAGUUACCUUCAUCUAAUCUGUAAAUGGCUUGUUUUAGUAUCAUAUGAUAAGGGACUGCUCUUUUAACAACAGUUACAGCUGACUACAAAGCUCUUUUGCUCUGCACACAAAGAAAAACUGGUGAGGAAGUCAAGUUGGGCGGGCAUGGAAAAGGAGUAGAAGCCUGCCUUUUUUGUACAGCAAUCCGGGUGAGUUUAGUAGUAAAGAAAUUCAAGAAUAACCAACAGCUGUAUUUGCAAUGGUUUAUUUUUACCUUUUAUGAUUAAUUUGUCUUUAUUUUCCCUUUUUGUCUAAUGGCAUAAAGGGGGUAUGAUGCUUGGGGAUUAUACAAAUAAUUUUAAAUAUAAAUAAUAUUAUUUUCUUAAGUACAAGCUGGGCAUGGUUGAAUAUGGAUAACAAAGGUGUGUUUCACUUUGUUAGGACAGAACUAAAACAAAGUCAGUCGUAAGUAAUAGGCUGAGAAUAAUGAUACAUACCAUAUAACGAUAAUAUAAUAAUACAAUCUGAUUGUUUUUGUCAGGGUUGCAACUGCAAGGGGGUUCCUGCAAAUGAAACGUGUGCUGAGUGCUUUUUAAAGGCCAAGGGGAACAUUGGAAAGUAAGAUAUGACUUGAUAUAAAUAUUAUAAUCAAAUAAACUGUUUUGUAUGGAUUUUGGAUUUUAAUAAAGUAUAUAUAACACUUUUUUCUUUCACAAUAGACUCCAUGCAAAAAUGGGCAUUACUUUGAUAUUCUUCUUUUGGUAUUUAAAUCAGCCUCACUAACCUUGCUUCAGAUAAGAUAUUACUUGGAAUUUUAAACUUGAAAACGAGGUAAGUGAGGCUGAUUUUAAUUAUAUCAACAAUUAUUAUAUAUUAUUUAGCAUACUAAUACAACAGGUAUCAUUAUUUUAUCACCUUGUCAAUGUAGGUGGACGGGUGUGAGAGAUGAUCUGUUAAUCUUCUUCGAUGUUGAAGUUUCUGAUGUUAAUCUCUGUGCCCUCCACUGUGAGCUUAGAAACACAGAGCAACUUCUUGCAUCCCUGGGCCUCACUGCACACAGAUGUGGAUCACUAAAGGAAUGCAACCUCGUGUUGUCCGAAUAUGGGCCAGAAACAAUGGUUAAAGAUCGCAUCGUUGUAAAGCUGAAGGAAGGCCAACAAACAGAUGUAGACAAACACAACAUCAAAGUUAGAUCAUUUUCAGGUACCUGAGUGAUGUAUUUUUUAAGUUUAACAUGUGGCAUAAUGUUAUGAUGCAUCUUUUUCAUUAUCGAUAAUAAUUACUUUUUAUUUUUACAAUUCAAAUCAUUUGUGACAUGGGCUGAGUCCUUAUUCACUUGAAUGUUCUGAUCAUGGUUUUUAACACAGGGCCUGAAUGGCCAAAAUGCAAUACAAAUGUAAAAAAAAAAAAGAAGUGCGCAACAUAUGUGCAUAACACAAAAUGUGCAUAACACAAAAUAUGAAGGAAAGAAUUCGGAAAAGAAUAAAUUGUUGCUGUUGGGUUUUUAGUAAAAAAGGACUUAAAGUACCCAAGGUAUAGGAAAGACAUGUGGCCUACAGUGGGGGGUAGAAUUAUAACAAAGAACCCUGCAUAAUCAGUAAACAGAUGCAAGUGCCAGUGAGUUCCAACAUACUUCCCCAUAUUUUCUUUAAACCAAAUCUUUAUUAUUAGCAGAAACAUCCAUAAGGCAGCCAGUAGCAUUAGAGUCACAAUUGGGUGUCCACUCAUACAGGUUUCAAUAAAGUAUAUACUGUAGAUUUACAGUAAGUUACAUAAUUAUAUACAGACGGCUGUUUAGUCUUCCUUAUUUAUGCUAUAAAUAUUUAACUUCAACAGUAAUGCUAUAACAAGAAUUAAUGUGACUUUACAGACUAAUGGAUUUUUACCUAAUUUUAUUUGCAGGCAACACUGAACAGGCUUUCUUAAACAACUAUGAAGACAUAGUGGAUUCUGCCUUGCCAGUUCAAAAGGUCAUGGAUCUUUUUCCAGACAAGGAAGCUGCUGAGGAUUCUGUUCUUGCUAAAAUAUCUUACUGUGAAGAAAGAACAGAGGUUUGUUUAACUUCAUUCUACUGUGAUAUAUAUUAUCUUAUACACUGAAUAUUGUCAAUGAGGGGCACUUUUCAUGUUCACAUGUAUAUUAUAUAAUCACCACAAUCAGGAAAUAUUAGAGUACAACUAAAUAGUGAAGUAUGACCUUCAUUAAGGCAAUAAUAAUGAAAGUAAGUCAUAGAAUGUUGUCCCAGAUUAGUUACAGCUACAAUACACUGACAAUCAGUCUUUUUAUGUUAACUGUUUCUUGCUAUUAGUAUUACAGAAACCUACUUGAGAGUGGUGAAUUUCAACGGGACAAUGGAGCAGAGGGCUUGGAAACUGUUCCUAUUGCUGGCACAGGUGGGGAAAGACUUCAUAUAUUUACCCUGCAAUUGGCAAAAUAGAAGCACAAUAUUUAGCUGAAUCUGGCAUUACGACCUGUAUACACUUUCAACAUUCCAGUUUAAUUAAAAAAAAUCCAUGUUAGAAAUAAUUUUCCAUUCAAGGCCCAGUUGUCUGCAUUCUGGUUAGCAUUAAACUACAGUAGGUUUCUUUAUCUUUUUAUCAAAAGCACUCUCUCGGGUAAAUUUCUUUAUUUUUUUUAGAGUAUCCAAUCAUCAAUUGUAGGCAAAGAGUAUUAAACUCUAAUAUUCAAAUUUUGCAGUAACCCCGAGUUAUCUUAACCUGGCUUCAAACAACCUGGCCCAAAAGUCAUCAGCUAUCUGGCCUACAGCUGCAUAGCUUAUGAUGAAAGAAAUUUAGUGCUUUGUUAUUUUCAGUCUGCCUCAUUUACCUUUUGGUAAAUUAAUGUUAGUUUUUUUCUAUAGAUCUUGAAGAAUAUUUACACGAAAAAAAGAAAUUCUGGGAACAAUGCUCUAAAGACCUAGAGGACAAGUACACUAACGCUGAACAAGCUGACAACGCACUUGCAUUGCGCCAAUACGCUGCAGAACUGGAAAUUUUAAGAUACAAAGAGGUUUGAAACAGUUCACUAUAAAUUAUAAUCUAUUUAAUUUAGUAGUUCACAUGAAUGUGGCCUAGUAUAUUGGUAACAUCAAUAUAGUAUUAUCGGCCUGCAGCAAUGAUAUGAAGCAAUCUUAAUUUAGUUAUAAAAAUGUUGAUUUUGUUAUUGUGCACUUCAGGUGUUCUCUCAGUGGAAAGAUAUUGCUUCAGUUAUACGCCACAGAGUGUUUAAGGAUGAUGAAGAUUAUGAAAUUGAUAAAUAUGAUAUCCAGGUAACAACUUAUAAAGUCACUAUUGAAUUUAUAGUAAUUUAUAAUUUAUAGUAUUAUGUAACUUGACUUAAAUGCCUGUAAUGUUUAACACCUGAGUGCUUUUAUUUCAUCCCAAACAGUGCAAAGAGUGGGGAUUUCUUUGUCGUGAACUAUUUGGCCUAGGACUUGGUACAGGUGACUAUGGGCAUAUGACCAUUGAACACAGUCCAAUGCUCAUGCGUCGCUUCAAGUCAAUGGCACGAUACUCAAACCAAGGUUUUGAAGCAGCACACAAAGUUCACAGGCAGCUGUAUGCUCAUUGCACAAAUCAUGAUUCAACGGCAUCUGAGUCAUCAAGUGAGUGGAUUUAGAAGUCUAUAAAACAAACUUGGAGCAUGUGGAAUAUGGCCUUAAGUCACUAUAUGGAUUUGAAUAGAGCCGAAUUACUUAACAGGAAGUCUCUCAGACCUUUUCCAAGCACACCUGUAAUAUUGCUACAAUAUCUCUGCGAUUUUAUUACCCGUACAUUUGUUAAAUACUGACUGCUGAGUUAAUGCCAACAAAAGAUUGGUAAAUCAUAGUUCUGUUUGAACAAACUACAUAUUCUAUAUAUAAACCAUUUUAAUUACUAGUAAUAAAUACAGUGUAAAUAACCUUUUCCUGAAUAAAACAGAUCUUUGAAGAGAAACAGCACCAUUCAAAAAUUAUUCUACCUUCAUAACAUUACUACAUACAAUACAAUACAAAUUCUAUAAUAACCUCUAUAUUUCUUUCAAUAUUUUAGUUGAGCAGAUGUUCCUCCAUCGCUAUUCAACAAAGCUGUUGUAUCUCCGACUAUGCUUUCAGCAGGCAAAAAAGUGCUCUGGUUCAUCAGGUGAAUUUACAAAGCCAGAAUAAUGUUCUAAAUUUAAAAACAAAAUACAGAGGUGAUGUAUAUAUAAUACUUUGCAAUACAAUAAUUAACAUGUAAAAUUUUCAUUCUAAUAUUAUUAUAAAAAGCAAACCUGCGAUUUUAUGUACGAUACUCUACUUGCAAAUUAACCUCUUGCAUGUUCACACUAAUAAUCCAUUUUAAUUACCUUUCAAUUAGGAAAGAGCUUCUUCUUUCGUGGUUGUGGCUGGCCCUCUACUAAACCAAAGCCAGAAUGGUCCAUUGAGGAUAAAGCUUGGAUAGCAACAGUUAACAAGCUAAUGGACAACCUAUUUGGCAAAGACUACCUUGGUUAUCACUAUGACAAAAGCAAGGUCUGCUUUGUUAAUGAAGAGGACUUACCCGAUUUCGAGUACAACCAUGAUGAAUGGGAAGAUAGAUACUACCAAACCCUGAAUUGCACUCCACUGUCUCCUCGAUCCCCCUUAGCAAAGAGAGGCAAGAAAGGUGAAGAGUCACAGGCAGAGCAGAAGUUCAAACCUGCAAAAAGAUGCCUUUUCCCUGCUCCCAAAGCAAAUUCUUGUCCACUGCCAUCUGCAGUGAGUGCAAAACAGCAGUCCCAACCAACCCAGCAAAUUCAAAGCCCUGUCAGCAUACCAAAAUCACUAAAACCUGUGCAAGAACCUCUGAAGUUAUGCAUGUCACAAACUGCAACAAGGCAAGAGUUGUCACAGAUUAAACUGCCUCCAGUUACAAAUAUAAUCCGUGAGACAGAAGUUGUGCCUAUUUUUGGUAACUUUCAAGAGGACAAUCCUUACUCACUUAAGAGUCGUCCUUCUGAACACAUAAUGACAAUAGCACACAAGAUCAUUAGCACCUGCUCUGCACAGUUGAUAGACGGAAAUACCAUCCAGUUAGAUGAUGAGGAUGAUCCAAGUGGAGUCAAAAUUGGUACACUGGGAAACUUCGAUACUACUGGCAUUGACAUCCUUUUGAGAUACUGCUCCAUUGCAAAAAUGCAACACAACUUUAGAGAUGAAAUGGCAUGGCUCCAUUUCAACCCUGACAAGUUUAGUCUUGGAGAAACUGAAAUCAAAUACCUCUGCACCUUUUUUGAAAGCAGUCCCCAUGACCCAUUGCGUGUGGUAACUUCCCUUGAUGGAAUUAAUGUUGAUUUCAAAUCAGUCUCUACAUUGGUUGGUGAGCGUUACAUUGACAACUUUGUUAUUGAUUAUUGCUUGAAGAAGUCAUUAAUCAGUAGUCAGAAACAAACAAAGAGUACUAGUUCAAUUCUGUGUUUGCCAGCUGAAGCCUUGUCAUGGUUGGAAAAUCAAGAUUUGGACCCUAUCAAAACUGUCAUUCAAAAGGACCUCCACCAUCCAAAUGAACUUAAACUUAUCCUAAUGCCAGUACACAUGGAAGACAAACAUCACUGGGGCCUUGUCUGUGUUGACCUUGACAUGGUGGCUAUAUGGUAUGAUGAUGGACUCAAAGUUGCCCCACCAGAAAAUCUCUGUAACUCUGUGGGUACUUUGGUCAAGCUUUUGAGAGACAUGUUCCCAUCAGUUGCUGACAGAAUGGCACUUAAUCACUUUUCCACACAGCAGUAUAGGCGAAUAGGCAUGCCUCUGCAGAGACUUGAUGGUAAGACAGCUGGUGGUGGAAGCUGUGGGAUGGGAGUUAUAUUACUAGGUCAAGAUAUCAUCGUUGAAGAGAGAGUGCCUCCUAGUCGAAUCAUGUGGACCUUUGAAGAAUCCAACUACUACAGGAAGAAACUGAUGCUGUAUAUGCUGACAUGAUUCACAAGAGACCAGCAUUAAAACCUCAGGACACACUAAAAUCUUAUAACCACUCUAUUGACUCUUUGUAACCACGUGGGUAGAACAUACCUGAUGGUUACACAGACACUCUAAUAAUCACACCAUUUCCUCUUUGUAACCACGUGGGUAGAACAUACCUGAUGAUUACACAGAGACUCUAAUAAUCACAGCAUUUCCUCUUUGUAACCUCGUGGGUAGAACAUACCUGAUGAUUACACAGAGACUCUAAUAAUCACACCAUUUCCUUCUUGUAACCGCGUGGGUAGAACAUACCUGAUGGUUACACAGACACUCUAAUAAUCACAGCAUUUCCUCUUUGUAACCUCGUGGGUAGAACAUACCUGAUGGUUACACAGAGACUCUAAUAAUCACACCAUUUCCUCUUUGUAACCACGUGGGUAGAACAUACCUGAUGGUUACACAGACACUCUAAUAAUCACACCAUUUCCUCUUUGUAAUCGCGUGGGUAGAACAUACCUGAUGAUUACACAGAGACUCUAAUAAUCACAUCAUUUCCUCUUUGUAACCACGUGGGUAGAACAUACCUGAUGGUUACACAGACACUCUAAUAAUCACAGCAUUUCCUCUUUGUAACCUCGUGGGUAGAACAUACCUGAUGGUUACACAGAGACUCUAAUAAUCACACCAUUUCCUCUUUGUAACCACGUGGGUAGAACAUACCUGAUGGUUACACAGACACUCUAAUAAUCACACCAUUUCCUCUUUGUAAUCGCGUGGGUAGAACAUACCUGAUGAUUACACAGAGACUCUAAUAAUCACAUCAUUUCCUCUUUGUAACCACGUGGGUAGAACAUACCUGAUGGUUACACAGACACUCUAAUAAUCACAGCAUUUCCUCUAUGUAACCUCGUGGGUAGAACGUACCUGAUGGUUACACAGAGACUCUAAUAAUCACACCAUUUCCUCUUUGUAACCACGUGGGUAGAACAUACCAGAUGGUUACACAGACACUCUAAGAAUCACACCAUUUCCUCUUUGUAACCUCGUGGGUAGAACAUACCUGAUGAUGACACAGAGACUCUAAUAAUCACACCAUUUCCUCUUUGUAAUCGCGUGGGUAGAACAUACCUGAUGGUUACACAGAGACUCUAAUAAUCACACCAUUUCCUUCUUGUAACCUCGUGGGUAGAACAUACCUGAUCGUUACACAAAGACUCGAUCUUAUAACCACACCAUUUAACCUCGUGGGUAGAACAUACCUGAUGGUUACACAAAGACCCUAAUAAUCACACCAUUUCCUCUUUGUAACCUCGUGGGUAGAACAUACCUGAUGGUUACUCUAAAGCUAAGAAUAUCAUUAUUUACUUUUGUCUCAUUGUCCCCUAGAUAUGAAACGCAGUGAUUAACAGAGAGCUAUUGGAUUAACCUAUGGUAAGCAAAAAAUGAAAAUAAUGUACAGUACCUUUCAACAUUUGCCUCAGUUUGCAAUUAGUUAAUACUAUUAUUGUCAGCAUUUCCAGUGUUUUGCAAUCCUUCUGAACAUCGGGAUAAAACUGUCUCUAGGAAGCCGGUCUCUCAGAAAAACAGUAGCUGGUCGUUUAUUACUCAAAUCCUCUUAUAUUAACUUUGCUAUGUUUUACCCAUGUUAAAACUGAGCAUAGGUGGCUAAUUUUGCUGCAGUACUUAGCUGGCUUUAAAAGCAUUUUGCUGGCUACUAAUGACAGCCUGGUACUUAUAGAAAAAAAGAACUAUUUCAAACUCACCAUGCAUUCUACAGUUGUACCCAAGAGAAUACCUGCAUGGGAUUGACCAUGUUUGGAUACAAAAGUGAUUAGGCCAAUUAUAUAAUUAUGCAACAACAGAAGUAACAACUUUACUUAAGAAUGAAAAUUCCCCUAGUCAGACAGUAGUACUUAAUCACAAAAUAUAUGCCUUGGUCAAGAAAUAGUAAAUGAAACAUAAGAGAUAAGAAGUGCGAUAGUACAGUGGAUAGUUGUGCCUCAGAGAAAAAUCCGGUCGCAGCUGGAAGCUUGAAAUAAACGACCCAAACUAAAGCAGCCAAGCCGCCGCCGCCCCCGCUCCCGCCCCCCCCCCCGCCCCAUACCAUAUCGUAGUGUCAUUAAUUUGUACUUAAAUCUCUCUUAACGUUGUAGUCCUGUUUUUAAGCUUUCUUCUGUAUCUGUAUCUAUGACUCGCGACACACCAAUGAGCUUUAUGAUUAAGUUAUGUUGCAUUAACAAUUAGGAUGAAGUAGCAUUCAUUUUCUCGCCUUACCUGUUUGUGUUAUUCUCGCCUGGCUGUCGCUUACGUUGAGAAAACAUUAACUGACCCUCUUAAACCAGUAGAUCGAAUCAUGUGCAAUGUAAUUAGUACGUAUCACAGUCAACUACUAGUCGAUAACAGUCGUCUUACUGGUCUCAUCUGUCUCACUCAGGACUCAGCAAAACUUCAAAACUUAGCGCGACUCAUGAGCAGCGGUCUCUCUACUUGUGCCCAGGCUCUGAAGGUUAAUUUUCCACGAGUGUUAACUUUCUUGUUUUGUUUAAAGGUUGCCUCAAGUUUUCCUGCAAGGUGCAAAUUACCAUUUGGCCACUCAGGUUUACGAAGAAUUCCUACCUUUUAUGCGGAAAGACAACAGCAACGAAGGAACUGGAGGUAGAAGGGGGAAGCCUUGCAUUGCACUCCCGCAAGGAAACCCUGUAGUGUCGGACGUAGGAAUUAAAGUUUGACAUUGUACUCUACGGGUAACAAAACCAACGGCUCUUUUAAGAGCCACCAGAUUUAUAAAGCGAUGGCCAACUGAGAUGCGGGUGACCUAAAUAAAAUCUGUCCAACAUAACUAACUCAUACAAAGUUUUCAUGUGCCGGAAUUUAUGAUUAGGUUCAAAAUGGGAGGAUAAGGGUAUUGACGAGAAAAUAAUGGAGACUUGACCCUUAACCGUCAAAAAGGGGAUAUGAAGUGCUUAGCAUUAAAACUUGCGAGAUUCCGCUCGAGAACGUUUGAUAUUGAUCAAUUAGUCAAACAAAGCCCCACACUCAGAACAAUCACAGAGCGACAUCUUACAGUGACCUUUGUUAUGCGAAUUCGUACACAAUAGAAAUUGAGAUGCAGUAAAAAUUCCACUACAAUUCCAAAGUUUAGCACGUAAUUGCCACUUUGAUCGGGUUCAAAACCAAGACUUGAGCUUCAAUGAAUGACUCAAAGAAAGAUAGAAAGCGACGCCGGCGAGAAUCAGCGAAGAACGAAGAUAGUGAGACCAGGAAGAAGCGUAACAGUCACUACAAAAAUUUAAGAAAACUUCAGAAGAAACGCCGAAAGGAAAGAAAGAAAGCUGGCGUUGCUGGAAAUGAAGGAAGGCAGGAGCAGAAGCCGCAAAACGCGAGUAAGCAGAACAGCGCAGAGGGUCAGGAUGCCAGAAAGAGAGAUUUCUCAAGAGGAAAACGACUGGUUUCUGCCGCUCUCAAUCGAAAUGCGGAGGAAAGCCGAACCAACAAACGUUUGAAACCUACAACGCAGACAGCUGGAGUUGCUCAGAACAUUGCUCAGUCAAGAAGCAGUACGCUCAAAGAAAUCAGCCCAUCGAAUUUAAGGCGAGUGAUGGGAUCAAAGCUCAUUGGAAGCGGUACUUUCGGCACGUGCUUCCUCGCAAAAUACCGUGAUAUCGAAGUUGUCGUUAAAGAAUACAAGGGCGCGUCCAGUUCCUCCACGGACAGAGGCUUCGAAAGGCGUAGGAAAGAGGCUACCCACGAGGCUAGAGUUAUACAGCAGCUAGGUGACCAUCCUGGAAUACCUCUUUUUGUUCGGGGUGGUCCUGCAACAACAGCCAGUCAGCAUCGUACUAAAGUUUCAUGGAAGCGGGGAUAACAGCCUUACCUAAUCAAAGCUGCAAAGGAGAAGAAGAUAGCGAAAAAGGACUGGCAGAAAAUAUUUUGUGAGGUUGCAGAUGCCCUGAAACACAUUCACCAAUGCGGCUACAUACACAAUGACCUGAAGAGCAACAAUGUAGUCCUUGAGACGAGUGAAAGUAUUCCGCGCCCAAGACCUGUAAUCAUCGACUUCGGGAAAAGUGUUUUGGCAGUAAAAGCGAAGAAACCUACUGCGAAACCAGUCUGUGUGCGAGGAAACUACAAGAACAGCUACAUUGCCCCAGAGUUGAUCGACGGUACAUGCAAACCAUCUGUUAAAACUGACAUUUUUGCUUUUUGCUUUAUGAUCAAGUCAGUGUAUAGGCUUUUGAAAUUUAAUUUCCCUCCAAUUGUGGGAGACACUCUUAUCCAGCCUCCACAAAGUCGGCCUUCAAUUGAAAAGCUAAAGGAAUGUUUAACAGAGUAACAAUGCACAAAGAGAAACAGUACUGACAGUACCGGCUGGAAAUCCAAACCAAUUUGGUUUUGGAAGUUAUUUUUGCCCACGUGGCGGGUAUUUCGCUGCAGUUAGGCUUUUACCGUCUGGUAUCAGUUUCAUUGUACACUCUAAAAGCAAAGUUUAGUUACAGUUUUAUUAUAGAAAAACCUCUCAAAUGCGUCGUUCUAUUUUGGUUUUCUUACAAAUUGUAUUAAGGGUGACAGGUUUUUUUAAUGCGAGAUACUUAAUAUUUAAAAUCUAUGUACAUUUCAGUUAGCUUUCAAAUGCAUCAAAACAGAUUAAAUAUUGUGAGUUUUUAGAGCAAUCCGUUCAUAUAACAUGAUCAAAACAAGAACAAAUACUAUUUACAACACAUUUUACUAACGUGUUCCAGUUCUUCUUAUAUCCAUUCAAAAAAGGUAACAAUAAAAUGUUGUCAAGUUACCGGAUAUAAAAGUCUUCUUGCACCGAGGUUAUUAACAUGAAGAAAAAUAACAUUAACUUGCAUUAAAUAGACAAAAGUAUUUACUCCGAAGGGUGGUUUUCAAUUGGAAAGUGACACAUGUUCCACGAAAAACCUUAGCUUGACAUGUCCACAGUUUGCAUGAGCAUAAACUUUCGGCCACCACUGCAGCUGAAAUUCGCGGGUGCGGGGCCAUUCUCCUUCUUCGCAUUUUAAUGAGCGUCUUGCUGUUGGUUUCUCGGACGUAGCUUUUGCUGCUCCCCAACGAGUACCCGCGCGUUGCCGGGCUAAAGCCACCUUGUCUUUUGCAGAGAGCUCCACGGCUGUAAGUGGAGCACGUACCUCCUCGUUGUUUCGGAAAUAGGCUUUUCACUUUAGCGGCACUGAAGUCGUUGCGAAAAUAUUGUUGAGGGAAGAUGCAUCAAAAACAUUGUACCAAAAAGAAGUUGAAGAAUCCUGUUUAAGUGGCGGUGGAUGCCGUGCCUCUCUUACCGAAAAUGGCUUUGACAAUCCCAGAUCAAAAAGAAGGUUUUCAAAAUGUGCUAUCGGUACCAUGAUGAGGUCUAUUUUUAUCCACUUACUUUUUACAUCUGGCUUUAAAAAGGAAUUUAUCAGUUCUACAACGCCGUUCAAGAACUGUUUGUAGGCGGCCUCAUCAGACGCUGGCACUUUUCUCGGUAAAGGCAAACACACAGGCUCGGUCUCACCAUGAUUAAAAAAUUCAAUGUCUCUCUCCUGGAAAUUAUGCCCCUUCCUUUCACAAUGUUUCUUCAACGAUCUUUGCGUUGGGAAUUCACGAAAACAGGUAGAACACUUUGUUUUUAAAGACGGCAUUGUUAAAGAGCAAACUGGCCUUUAAAAAUGGAAGAUCGAAAAUGACAAUUUCCUUUUGUUAAGCCGAGAUACGGCGAGUUAAAAAUUAAAUUUCACUGUCAUUAAAGGAACAAUUAACUUGAAUCGCGAACGCAAACGUAUUUCCGGUUGUAGCCAGAGAUGUAGCUUUUACAAAUCUUUUAUUUCACAUACUAAUACAUUUACAGAAUACAUGAUGGAAUAGAAUAUGAAAGGGCUGAUAAAGCGGGAACACGUAUCUUAAUAAAAUGCGCUUUAAAGAUGUCCAGGAACAAAAUAGACUAAAGUUUUCUAGCUAGCCCGAAUGAAAAAAAAACGUUUCCGGAAAAGCAGCUCUAGUUCCUUUCUCUUAACCAGAAAAUGCUUAUCCCUAUGUACUGGACUUAAAACCAGCAUCGAUUCGCCGAGAUUUGAGGGCCCUUUUAUAAUAUACCGCUUUGCUUUUUGUGAAAACGUGACCAUAUGAUGCAUGUGAUGUGAUGUGAUGUUUCGAUAUGUCUAAUUUAGCUUCACGGCGUGAUAGCUCCUCAUUAGUAAAAGCUACAAGUGAUAUUUUGAUUGACAUAUGAUUUAGGAUCCCGAGGUUUUUUAACACCUUCUCUCUGGCUUAAUAGGCGAAGGUAUUCUAGGAAUUUGCCCUUCAAUUCCAAAUUCUUUGAUGUGCCGCCAGAUGCCGCGCAAAAAAAUCACCCCUUGCGGCUCCUCGUGCGACUGCCCAUACUCCGUGGACAGAAGAGGAAAAAGAAGCUGUUUUCAAGUAUCUCGCUCCCUGGAUUAGACGAGGACGUGUUCCUGGCAAACGUGACUGUGAGGAUUGUAUUGCCAAAGCAAAUGCGCCUUAGAUCGUAGGGAAUGGACAGCCGUAAAAUAUUAUAUUAAGAACCAGAAUGACAAAAGAAAGAGGGUUCUCACAACUAUAAAUAACAGUUUGUAGUUUGCUAUUGUCAUCCUGGCACGGUCCUAGUUACUUCAAAUGAGAUUAGCACAGUGAAUGAAAUAAUAAUGUUGUAAAAUGAUCGUAAGAUUAUUAAGCUUUUUCUUUAGUGUUAGACUACUUACGCUGACAAUUGGAUUGCAUAUAAUUGGUGCUCAUAAGCUUUUGACAACAAUAGGUGUCUCCUUGUGUGGGAAAUCUGUAAUGAUACCAAGUUGGAGUAUCGAAGAAACUAA